AUGGCCAAAAACAGUCGAUUACUCUCCUCAGCAGCCCGUCAACAGAUACAUUUCUUCGGCCAAUUAAGCAGAAAAUCUCGUCGCUGGAAAGUCCAUGAAGGCCUGAUCUGUUGGUACUCAGAGUACUUUCGAAAUGGCACAGUGCCUCGGACUACUCCUGGCGACAGUAUGAAUACUGCACCGGGGACGACUACUAUUUUUACUGCCACCGGAUUUCAGGAAUCGCGAACAGGAAGAUUCGAUUUGGCCAACGAAAACCCGGCUGCAUUUGAGCUUUUUCUCGACUGGCUAUACAGUAAUAACAAAGACGCUUUAGAUUUCUCGGUGGCUGGGACAUCAGAUACUGACGACAAGGCAUGGAAGGUCUUCGCCGUAAAAGCCUCCAUGAUAGCUGACAAGUUUUUGGUGGCCGAUUUUGCAAAAUUUGCGUUGGGAAAAGUCAUUCAAUAUGCCAGUCUUCUGGAUGUCUUUGACAUGGAGACUGUCUACGAAGAGGUGCCAGCCGGUACACCAAUAAGGCUGUUCGCGGCACGAUGGGUGCGAUUUCGACUCAGUCAACGGCCGAAUCUAUGGGAGUCGUCGCAUAGUCGGCAGUUUCAGAAAGAUCGAAGACGUCGUGAGCCUGCACGCGGUAGUGAUAUUGGCCAUGCAGUGCUUGAUCCUCGCAGCUUCGAAAUCGUGCAUUGGUUCAACGAAUGUGGUAGAACAGGGGCUGCUUGUGGUCACGCGACGAUACCAGUGCCAGCGCCGGUAUCGGCAAGAUCUAGUAAAACGACGACUGGAAAGGCUAAGAAGGAGGAUCUCGAUCGCGUAUGGCAGAAACGAAAACAGACACGACAGCCGGUCUAG